AUGAGUGACCCAGCAGCCCGUGAAGACCUGACCAAGCGGCAGCUUCCUUCCAUGACACUGGCGAGGGGUAUCGAAUCUCUACCUUCUGCAGCUCAAGCACGCACAGCUUUAACUUCGGAUGAUUCUUUAACAAGAUUUCAAGUCCAGGGCGUUGCAGUUGUCACCGGAGGACUAGGAACCAUUGCAUUGACUGUUGUUCGAGCACUGUUGCAGCACGGCCUGACUGCGCUGAUGCUGCUUGACCUUGACGUGACUUCGGAGUCUGCGAUGAGCAAAGUUGAUGAUCUCCGGAAAGAUUUUCCGGAAAGGAAAAUUGAGGCCGCGUCUGUGGAUGUAACCGAUGAAGAAGCUGUAGGACAGGCCAUGGCUUCAGCAGUUGAGAAACUAGGUGGCCUUGAUUUCCUCGUCUGCUUCGCGGGUAUUGUCAACUGUACUCAUGCCCUUGAUCUUUCACCCAAAGUCUUCAGAAAGCUUCUUGAUGUCAACACGACUGGAAGCUUCAUCUGUGCCCAAGCUGCAGCAAGAGAAAUGGUCAAAGCCAACACCGGCGGCCGCGUCGUGUUUAUCGCCAGCAUAUCAGCACAUCGAGUCAACUAUCCACAGCCGCAAGUGGCGUACAACACUUCCAAGGGAGCUCUUUUAAUGCUGAAAAGCAGUCUCGCGGCAGAAUGGGCGCGGUAUGGAAUCACUGUGAAUAGCAUCAGCCCUGGGUACAUGGACACUAUUCUUAACGAGGGAGAAGGAUUAGCGGAUGCGAGAAGGUCAUGGGCCGAGAGAAAUCCUAGCGGAAGAAUGGGAAUGCCUGAAGAACUGAGUGGAAUGGUUGUUCUAUUAUGUUCCAAGGCUGGAAGUUUUAUCAACGGGUCUGAUAUCGUUGUCGACGGCGGAGGAAUAGUCUUUUGA